AUUGUGAACUAGGAGUGGGCGGGACUUCCAGCUCUUUCCUGAUGGAGGUCGUUUGGCUGCUUUUGCUGCCGUCUGCAGGACCCGGGGCUCAGGAUCACUCCGUGGAGCCGAGCUUAGAGAAACUGGAAAGAGCCCGAGGGGCGCCGUCGACACUGCCCAGGAGUGAGCGGGUUGCAGAACCCGCUUCCGGGAUUUUCGGCCUAGGUCUCCGCCAUUAUCCUGCGCGUCUCCUGGCACCACCGCGCCAACGGGGUCCUAUGUCAACCAACGCGGUGCAGGACCCGGCCCAGGUUCGCAUGGUAGCAGCAGCAUUUAUGGUCCCUGGACAGGGCCAUGUGAUCUUUGAGGAUGUGGCUGUGUCCUUCUCCCAGGAGGAGUGGGGUCUCCUUAACGAUGCUCAGAGACUCCUCUACUGUGACGUGAUGCUGGAGAACCUGUCACUUAUAGCCUCUCUGGGUUGUUGGCAUGGAGUAGAAGUUGAGGAGGCCGUUUCUGAACAAUGUGUUUCUGUAGAACACGUGACAGAAGACAGGAAUCCAAAACUGGAGCCAUCUAUCCUGAAGCCUCUGACUUCUGAUACGAGUGCCCUGGCGGAGAAAGAUGUUUUGUACUUGGCUGACAAUAUGUUCACAUGCGGAGAGGUUGAGAAGGCUUUCCUAGGCAGCUUGGGCUUUCCCCAGCACCAGCCCUCCCACGAUGGAGAGCAUCCACGUAGAAGCAGACAGAGCAGGGAGGUCUCUCACCCUGGGCAAGGGCAUCACGAGUGCAGCGAAUGUGGCAAAGCCUUCAGUAAAAAGUUUAAAUUCACAGAGCACCUGAGAGUUCACACUGGAGAAAAACCUUAUGCGUGCAGUGACUGCGGGAAGUUCUUUAGACACAGCUCCAGUCUUAUUCAUCAUCGGAAAGUUCACACAGGAGAAAGGCCUUAUGAGUGCUGUAAUUGUGGGAAAGUCUUUGCCCACAAAUAUAAACUUUUUGAGCACCAGAGAAUCCACACUGGAAAAAGACCAUAUGAGUGUAAUGAAUGCGGGAAAGCCUUCCUUCGCAAGGAUUCACUUGUUCAGCACCAAAAAAUCCACACUGGAGAAAAUCCGCAUAAGUGCAGUGAAUGUGGAAAGUGCUUCCUUUACAAGAAUAACCUUCUUGUGCACCAGAAGAUCCACAGUGGAGAAAGGCCUUAUGGGUGUAGCAAAUGUGGAAAGUCCUUUGUCUUCAAAAAAAGGCUUCUUUAUCACCAGCGAAUCCACACUGGAGAAAGGCCUUACAUGUGCAGUGAAUGUGGGAAAGCCUAUGUCUACAAAGGAAGUCUUAUUGUGCAUAAGAGAAUUCACACUUUAGAAAAGGCUUAUGGGUGUAACAAAUGUGGGAAAUUCUUUACAAGCAGCUUUGCCCUCAAUAGACAUGAAUAUGUUCACACUGCACGAAGGCGUUAUGAGUGCAGCGAAUGUGGGAAAGCUCUCAAUGGCAAAGUUAAACUUGCUGAGCACCAGAGAAUCCAUACUGGAGAAAGACCCUAUAAGUGUAAUGAAUGUGAAAAAGCCUUCAUGCGCAAGUAUACACUUGUUCAGCACCAAAAAGUCCACACUGGAGUAAAGCCUUUUAAAUGCAGCGAAUGUGGGAAGCCCUUCACUUACAAAACAAGUCUUGUUGUCCACCAGAGAAUCCACACUGGAGAAAGGCCUUAUAUGUGCAGUGAAUGUGGGGAAGUCUUUGUCUACAGAAGAAGUCUUGUUGUCCAUCAGAGAAUCCACACUAGAGAAAAGCCUUAUGAAUGUAGUUCUUUACACUGUCAGUGCACUUACAAGUGAUGUGGUAAUCACUUCCAAGAGCAGAUGACAUCAUUGGGUUCUGAACAUUUAUCUCGGGCUUUCGUGUCCCCAUUGCAGACUCUCAGUUUCUGCCACGGCAGUCCUUGUUACGGGAGCGAAUACGCAUUUGGGCCUCGGCUUCCAUUCCUCACCUAUAAAAAUGGAUCCAGGGCUUCCCUGGUGGCGCAGUGGUUGAGAGUCUGCCUGCCAAUGCAGGGGACACGGGUUCGAGCCCUGGUCUGGGAAGAUCCCACAUGCCGCGGAGCAACUAAGCCCGUGAGCCACAACUACUGAGCCUGUGCGUCUGGAGCCUGUGCUCCGCAACGGGAGAGGCCGCGACAGAGAGAGGCCCGCGCACCGCGAUGAAGAGUGGCCCCCGCUCGCCACAACUGGAUAAAGCCCUCGCACAGAAACGAAGACCCAACACAGCCAAAA